AUAACGAGACGUGCCGGUCGACUACUUACACUAUCAGCCAAAAUAUAUUAACUUAAGCAAUUACGUCAAACCUCCAUAACUACGGCACGAGUACGUUGAAAGUCGUCCUUCUACUAUAAAAAUGGCAAAGGACACUCUGCAAUCUUUUGAGUUUAACCGAACCGAACGAUUACGCAGAACGAUAUUCCUCGAAGACUCAUCUGAAGAUGAAUCUAUAGAAUAUACUAACAGGACAAAAACAAGGGAUAGUUGGAAUAAACCACUUGCCACUUUAAUAAAGCCAAAACCAAAAGUCAAAGUUGCAGGCCGUGUUGAUUCCCUACCUGUUUCUAUUAAGCCGGUUAAAACAGUUAAAAAAAAAAAACCCAUAGUAACCGACCGUACAGUUACAGUUAAUGUGCAGUCUAAUAUAAAACCGAAACAAGUGGAACCGGCUAUUAUUAAAACCGAAAAUAAGCAAUUGGCCAAUCAAACGUCAACAAAAUUCAAAAGACACGUAUAAAUUGAAUUUAAUAAUAUAAAAAAAAAUAAAGUGGAUUUGAAAUAUGAUAA